UUGCGAUCGUGUAGUAUGUGAGAAAUUUUUUUUCCGUUCCGCCGUCCGCGCUCUCUUAACAUCGGUACACCGUAACUGUAUAAUAAUAAUUAAUAUCGUUAUCUAUACCGUCUCACGGCGACAACGAUACUAAUAUUAUUAUAGUUUUGUUGCAACAACCGCGAUAUUACAAUAUCGCCGUUAUCGGGACAUCGCCGCCGUUGCCGUCCGUGCCUAGCCUGUUCCUAGGAUUUCGAACAGAACAUCGUAUUUACAAGUACGCCAAGUACAAUAUUUUCCGAUCGUUUCGUUCCUCGGUCCGUCGCGUAUCGAUUCCGCGCCCCGUCACUGCAGUAGUUACGCAACGCCUGUGCGGUUGUUUUUUCGUCGUCGCGUUGCCCGACUUUCGGUUGAAAACUUGUUUUUCCGGAUUUUUCGCCGCUCAAAAAAGUGAUCGAUUUUCAUGCGUAUCGACAGACUAAACUCGCAGUGUUAUCGCGUCAUGAAGUUUACUCGUCAAAUCGUCGACUGCUAGGAUAUAUAUACAGCAGUAAUCGUGAAAUCAUAUCACAGCCGCGCGAGCACUUUAAAGCGGCAUGGAAAUGGCUGCCGGCAUGGAAGUGGUCGGCGGUGCCGGUGCUCAUCAUCACCACCACCAUCAUCCGCACCACCGGAGUUGGUACGAGACACCGGCCGGGUCGUCGUCGUCGUGCCGGGACGAGCCUCUGGUGGCCGACAACAUGUCUGAUCACAUGAACUCGUUCUUCGCUCAUCACCACGUCAGCGCGCUGGACGCCCACCCCGCAGCCAGGGACUACCAUCAUCACCGGGCAGCAGCGGCAGCCACGGCCGCUGCCGCGGCGCCAUAUCACCGCGAUUCCCUCACCGUCACCGCCCGCUACUAUCACCAGCAGAUCCACUCGCCAUUCGCACCACCUCCGCCGACGUCGUCGCACGGAUCGUCGAGAAACAUGUGUAGACCGUCUCACUUUUCUCAUCCGGCCGCCGCUUGGUUGAACGGCGGCAACAACAAUAACAAUAACAACAACAACAACAACAACAACGGCAACAACCAGUUGGACACCAAAAUGCAAUCGUCGUCGCCCGGGGGCGGUUGGUAUUCGUCGUCGCCAACAGUGCAAGACGACUCGCCAUCGGCGGUCGCCUCUUCGUCCAAAGACAUGCAACAUUCCGGCGGAGGUGGUGGCAACAACGGUGGCGGCGGCGUCGGCGGCGGACACCCGAUGUUCACGUUCCCGCCGACACCGCCCAAGGACAGCACGCCCGACUCGAUGACCACCGCCACGACGACGGCCACGAGCUCGUCGUCGUCGUCGUCGUCUUCGAACAGCGCGGCGGCCGCGGCGGCUGCUGCAGCCACUGCCUACUCCAUAGCGUCCAUGGGAGUAUUCCUGCACCCGGACAACCAUCAAGGAUGUGGCGGAGGUGGCGGAGGCGGAGGCGUUGGAGUCCAGGACGUGAAGCCGUCCAUGCUGGUGGCCGGUGGCUCGUCGUCCAAACAGCGCGAAGGUACCUCGUCGUCGAGCGGCGCCACGUCGCCCGGCAGCUCGACGUCUGCCUCGUCCUCGUUUAACGCGUACCACCUGAACCACCAUCAUCACCACCUCGGAGGCGGCGGCGGCGGUCAACACGAACCGGCCGCCGGCACCGCCGCCCCGACGUCCUCGUCGUCCUACACCCAUUAUCCCUAUCACCAUCACCAUCACCACCAUUCGGCUAUCGCUCCCGCCGUUUUUUCGCCCGCCAAACACCCCUCGUCCUCAUGCCAUUCGCCCGGCACCAACGCCAUGAAAAACUCCUCGUCCUCGUCUUCCAGAAAUAAGUCUAGGACCAGCGCCGAAGGACGAGAGUGCGUGAACUGCGGAGCCACGUCGACUCCAUUGUGGAGGAGAGACGGCACCGGACACUACCUGUGUAAUGCGUGUGGCCUCUACUAUAAAAUGAACGGGCAAAACCGGCCGCUGAUUAAGCCCAAGAGACGUCUGUCCUUGCAAUCGGCUGCCCGUAGAGCCGGGACGAGCUGUGCGAAUUGCAAAACGUCCACCACGACGCUGUGGAGAAGAAACCAAAACGGCGAACCCGUUUGCAACGCUUGCGGUCUCUACUACAAACUGCACAACGUUAACCGGCCGUUGACGAUGAAAAAAGAAGGCAUACAGACACGGAACCGGAAACUGUCGUCCAAGUCAAAGAAGAAGAAGGGUUCGAUAGUCGGUGGCCUGGGUGGAGGAAUUGGUGGUGGCAUCGGCGGAGGUGGUGGUGGAGGCGGUGGUGCUUGCCUGUCGCUAUCCGGAAUGAUGCGCGGCGAUGGCACCGGCGCCGGUUACCAUCACCCGGCGUCCGCGGCCCUGCACCCGCACCCCGCGGCAAUGAGCCACUACCAUCACCACGCGGCCGCUGCGGCCGCGGCCAUGUACCACCAUCACCAUCACCAGGCCACGCAGCCAGCCGCACCCACCGCGCCCAUACACCCGCACCACCAUCACAUGGCGUCGCUCACUGGACUUGGGUUGCCCACAUCGUCAAACGCAAUGGCUAGUUGGAGAUCCGAGUACGCGUGAUUAUUGGAUUUGCCGUUCCCCGGGCACUCUAACCACAGCAGGGUCGGCGAAUGACAAACAUUAGUACUAUAUAUUAUUAUUAUUAUUAUUAUUAAUACUACUAUCAAUAUUAUUAUCAUCAUUAUUUUAUAAUAUACAUAUUAUUACAUAAUAUACAUAUAUACUCAUAGUUCCUAUUAAUAUUCCCGUUAAAAAUGAGAAGCUGAAAAAAUACAAACACUCUCUCACACACACACACAUGUGCGCGCAAUCUCGCGUUCACAGAUGGCCAGUAUACAUAUUAUAAUGUUAUGUAUGUAUGUAUGUAUGUAUGUAUGUAUAUAAGUAUAUAGUCUUAAACGUUGUCGAGCAUUAUUAAACUAAUUAAAAUUAUAUACAUUAUAUUGUUUUGUUUCGCAUAUCGAUAAUAAUAUGACGACCGUCGUGAAUUUUUCUACAAGAAUAUACUAUUUAUGUAUUGUUUCUUAAUUUUUUUUCUUCUAAUUUUAAAACUUGAAAAAACUACAAAAAAAUAUAAAAUAUAUACAAAGGUGAAAUAUAAACGUUCAUUUCUCUUUUCGCCUAUAAUGCCCAUUUAUACAUAUUAUACGACGGCAAUGUAGUGUUUACUCGAAACAACCAGUUUUUAUUUUAUUUUUAUUUUUUUGAAACGUGCGUACAACGUCUACAUCAAUGUAAAAUGCAUAUUUUAUACAAAAAAAAAAAAAUAAAAACAAAAAAUAUAUAUAUA